ACGGUGUGGUGCAAUACCCCGGUGUUGAGAGAGAUGAAGAACUUUGGAGCACAUUUGGCUCGGAAUUAACAUUCAAAAAAGAAAACUGAAAUAAACUGAUAAAAAGAUGUUAAAAAGAAAAAAUAUGACAAACUCGAGAUCUAUUAUCAUGGAGGACGGUGUUGAUGAAACACUUAUCAACAAUCUACCUGUCAUGGCUGUCGCUCCCAUGCCACUGAUACCCACCACGGUUGAAGCUAUGUCUGAAGAUGUCCAGUAUUCCCCGGGUACUUGUCUCCCAGUGCUGGGGGACGAGAAAAUGGUGGCUGCCACCCUCGCGGCCAUCGAGACGGGGAGCAUCACCCCGCUAGUCAAGGAGGAGCUGAAAUGUGCCAUCUUGAACCGGCGUUUCGUGGAGGGAAAGGAGGAUAUACAGGUCGAAUUCACGGUGCCGGAGAAGAAAGUGUUGACUGAAGAGGAGGAAGAGCGAGCUACAGUUCGCAGGGAGCAGAACAGAAUGGCGGCCCGACGUUUCAGAAAGAAGCAGAAAGACACGGCUGAAGUUCUUCUCAAGAAAACUCAGCGUCUGGAAUCCUCCAACACCAAGAUGCGCUCCGAGCUACAGCGACUGCAGCAAGAGAGAGACCGACUGAAAGAGAUACUCACAGAUCAUCUGCUCGUCUGCCCUCUUCCAGAAACGUCUUUCCACGUCACAAUACAACCAUGACGCUACUGCUACAAGGAAAUUGUUCACAGAAAAUCCUAAAAAAAAUCGGAAACCCCAAAACCGAAAAAAAACUUUCUUCGUAUGAAGACCAGAAGUACCUAAAGCUGACACGUCAUGACAUCCACGUGUCAUGGUGACCUGGAAGCACGUGCUGGGUCACCGUGACAUAAGGGAAAAGAUGCGUCAUCGGAUUCAGUACAGAGAGGCAGCAGGUAUUCUAGAAGAGUCACCUCCAUGACAAUAUACCAGAACAUAUUAAUGAAACUUGCAACUGUGUACAUGUGACAUCGACAUCAGUGAUUCAUCAACCAUACUGUAUUCGACAUUCCACAUGCUGUUGUGUUUUGAGCCACCUCUAAUGUUAGAUUGUUGGGACUCUAAGUCUUGGCGGAACUUCCGGUCAGUGCCAUGCUUCCUGGUAUGGUAGAUCUUACUAUGACAUGUCCGGAACGUAGAUUUUGUAUAGAUAUCUCCUGGCAAACCUGCCACAAAGUACUAUGAAUAAAUUGAGCAUGAUGUCAUGUACAUAUCAAUAUGUUUGUAUAUUUCUGCUAAGACCUGUACACAAUCAGUCACACAUAAUUGACUUCCAUCGACCGGAGUCCAACUUUCAUACUUCUGUCUAUACAUAGCAUCAACUUAGAGAUGGACUCUUGUGGACCAAGCAUGUUAGAAUUGUGUGGUCGAGUUUGGAAAUGACGAUACAAACAACACUUUUUCUGUGUUUGAUUAUCUCUGGCAAUUAGCAACUUUCAUAUACCUCUGAACUUAUACAAUACUGACAUUUUCAUUUACGAAGAACUUGAUAUGGCGCAGGCGUCUUAACAGGUUGAAUGGAUCUUUUACUGUAGAGAUUAUGUCUUUCAAUGUUUGUAGUUAGUAUGGCCACGUCGUUCUUUACUUAAUUUCAAAUACUCGGAGAUGUAUCUUCUCGAUCUGUGAUACUGAUUUAUACUGGUUGUUUUAAUCAGAAUUUAUACUUUUGUCUUGCACACGUAUUCGCUAUUCUCGUGUAGCCAGGAUAUCGUGAUGGGUAUUCCAACUUUACUAUUUUUCUACACUACAUGUGUAUUCUAAAUUACUCAAUAUUUGUACUGAAAGUGUACGGACUUUAAACCCCAUUUAUUUGCAAUAAUACACAAGGCGGUCUCAUGACACUUUAAACGCCCACGUGCAGAACUUGGAGAAACUGAAAUUGUAUUACCGUUAUGAACACGCUGAUUGUUCUCGUUUCACGUGUACUGAAGUGUCGUGUACGUUCGGAACACACCGUCGUGUUACUCGGUCACUCGGUCUCGGUGUGUUGUCAGCCAUGGCUAUCGUCGUUUGUUAUGUGGUUACCUGCAUAUGGCUGUGGAAUGUUAGCGUCACAGGUGGCGAAUAUCAUAAAAGAUAAAAGUACAGGUUUUUAUAAUAUUUUAUACACGAACUAUGCAUGCAAAUUCGUCUUAAAAAUGAAACGUUUUGUAUUUUAUGUGCAGGUCGUGUAACUUACUGACGCUACAAUCGUUGUUUCGAGGGAAUAUUUUAGAUACGGUGCUUGUUACUGUUGUAUUUAUGACAGAUAUUGAUUUUCUAUUUUUAUGUCUUUAUAUUUAUGAAAUAAAAAACAUUUGUUAUAA